AUGAACGCUUCAAGUCCUUUAAUACCAGAGACUCCUGUUUAUAACAGUACAUCAAAAGAAAACGUAUCAUGGGAUGAUGCAACUUGGAUUAUGACUAGUUCAUUCAUCAUUUUUACCAUGCAAUCAGGGUUUGGUCUACUAGAAUCUGGCUAUGUGAGCAAGAAAAACGAAGUGAACAUUAUGGUAAAGAAUGCCAUUGACGUCAUCUUUGGAGGCCUUGGCUACUGGAUGUUUGGUUACGCAUUUUCAUUUGGAAAAGAUCCGGGAUCAAAUUUCUUUGUCGGUGUGGGUGGUUUCUUCUUGGACGCGAGAGAGAAGGACAUGGGGGUGGUGUUUUCUACGUACAUCUUCCAACUCUCCUUUGCCACGACAGCGACAACUAUUGUAUCUGGUGCCAUGGCAGAGAGGUGCAACUUCGUUGCCUAUUGCUUGUUUUCCUUCUUCAACACUGUCAUCUUCUCACUACCUGCAGGCUGGGUGUGGGCAGAGAGAGGUUUCCUGCGAAAGAUAAACGUUGUGGAUAUUGCCGGAUGUUCUGCGGUUCACCUAGUUGGCGGCGCUUCAGCCUUGAUUGCUGCCAUCAUGCUCAAGCCACGGUUGGGGCGCUACGACAAUGACAGUGCGACAGGCCACUCUUUGGGUUCACCCACAAAUGCAUUGGUCGGCAUGUUCAUGCUGUGGUGGGGUUGGCUCGGGUUCAACUGCGGCAGUACAUUCGGAGUAUCGGGACACAAGUGGAAGUAUGCUGCAAGAUCUGCUAUUGUGACGAUCAAUUCAUCCGUUGGUGGUGGAAUUGCUGCUUUAAUAUUCAGCUAUUUCUCGCAACGAAAGAAGUUCAUUGUAACGUUCCUUAUAAACGGAAUUUUGGCUUCACUUGUUUCAAUAACUGGUGGCUGUGCCCUUUACCACCCAUGGGAAGCCCUCAUAGUUGGUGCCAUUGGCUCUCUCCUGGCCAACUGCACCGUUCCGUUGCUCGACAGACUGCACGUCGACGACCCCGUGGGCGCCAUUGCUGUCCACGGAGCAGGCUCGCUUUGGGGGAUGAUUGCGGUCGGUUUCUUCGUGGAGAAAGACACACUCAUGAAGUUCAGCAACAACUUGAUGGGUCUGUUUCGCGGAGGAGGAUGGAGACUGUUGGGAGUGCAGCUUCUGGCCAUCAUUGUGGUGGCAGGAUGGAGCAUGGUUACAACAUUUCUGUUGCUUUAUACCAUAAACAAGUUUAUUCCUAUUCGUAUGACACCGGAAGAAGAGAAAGCUGGUGCUGACCUUGUCGAACACAACAUUUUGUACGAGUUCGAUCCUUCUGUAAACCGGUUCCCAAAACUGGAUCUUGCCACCAUACACAGUAUCAAAUUGUGCAUCGAAGCAUCCCAAGGAAGCAACCCGGUAAUUAACAGGCCAGUUGAAAGGCUGAAUUCUGGAACUCAGACAGACGCAGCUUCUCCAAUCAGACGGUCGUCAAAGAAUGAAUCUUCGAUUGCUGUCCAAAUGCCAAAAGAUUCGAUGAUCCUCAGUAAUGAUCGAGAAGUCUUGACCGCGUGGAUGUCAGACGACGAAAAGAACAUGAUGGCUCGACGAGUGUCAAAACAGUGA